AUGGCGUUGAAAUCUCUAGAUCGAACAGCCCUCAUAGUCAUCGACCUGCAGAAUGACUUUGUAUCUGGGAGCCUUCCCGUUCCCGGGGGCGCAGAAAUCGUCGAUACAGUGAACCGCCUCGUAGAUCUUCCGUUUGCACUCAAGAUCGCAACCAAAGAUUUCCACCCAGCCAACCACGUCUCUUUCGCACUCAGGCACGACUUGCCUGUUUUUACAAAGGCCACCAUCUUCCAUCCUUCUGAUAAAGCUAGGACAAAGGGUCUGGAACAGGUGUUAUGGCCUGCUCACUGCGUUGUCGGUACAAGCGGCGCGAAUUUCGUGCCAGGCUUGAAUACAGAUGACUUCACCACCAUAAUUCACAAAGGAGUGGAUCCCGACAUAGAGUCUUACUCCGCGUUUCGCGACAUAUGGCAUUACCAAAACUCCGAUCUCACUCGUGUUCUGCAUAAGGAAAAUGUGACGGAUGUCUUCUUCGUGGGUCUAGCUGGUGAUUAUUGCGUCAAGUACACUGCACUUGAUUCAGCAUCCUUUGGAUUCGACACGUGGGUAGUACGCGAUGCUGUCAGAUGCAUCUCCGACGACAACAUUGCGUGGGAUGAGAUGGAGAAGAAGGGCAUUCGGUUUGUCGAGUCAGCCGAGUUGAUUGCGAAAUUUUCAACCUUGGAAGCCUGAUAUCCUUUCUUUAUCUAACGAUACCCGUCCGUUCAUGAUUUUGAGUAUUGCACAAGGACUCUUAUGUAUGUGUGCGUAAAGACCGGUCUUCACGAUA